UUCAGCAAGUUGAGGCUGCCCUAUCUGGGAAUGCAGAAAACGAAGAUUUACUAAAACUGAAGAAAGACUUACAGCAAAACCCAUAUGGGAUGAUAUUUCCGAUACCAACACGACCUCGGCUUUGAUAUGCAGAGAUCAUUGAUGUGAAAGGACAACUUGCAAACUUUUUUAUAAAAGCUUUCUGCACAGAAUGGGGAAGAUCUUUACACUUUCGUCCCCAAAAGGAAGUCAUAGAAUUAACCAAAGAUCUCCUUUCAACACAACCUUCAGAAACUCUUGCAAGUUCUGACAGUUCUGCUUCUGCUCUGCCUAGUCACUCCUGGAAGGUUGGGGAUAGGUGUAUGGCGAUAUGGAGUGAGGAUGGACAGUGUUAUGAAGCUGAGAUUGAAGAAAUAGAUGAGGAGAAUGGAACAGCUGCGGUCACAUUUGCUGGAUAUGGCAAUGCUGAAGUUACACCUCUGUUCAACCUCAAGCCUGUGGAAGAGGGGAGAAAAGCAAAAGAGGACAGUGGCAACAAACCCAUGUCCAAAAAAGAGAUGAUAGCCCAGCAACGAGAGUAUAAAAAGAAGAAAGCUUUGAAAAAAGCUCAGAGAAUUAAAGAACUUGAACAGGAACGAGAGGACCAGAAAGUCAAGUGGCAACAGUUUAACAACAGAGCCUAUUCUAAAAACAAAAAAGGCCAGGUAAAGAGGAGUAUUUUUGCUUCCCCUGAGAGUGUAACUGGCAAGGUUGGAGUUGGAACGUGUGGAAUUGCAGACAAACCUAUGACACAGUAUCAAGAUACCUCUAAAUAUAAUGUCAGGCAUCUGAUGCCUCAGUAACAGGGGAAAAAGGUGGAACUUCAUCUCUGCAGGGCUUUACACUUAUCUUUUUAUCAUUAUAUUUUUCUAAAAGUAAAUUAUUUGUUGGCACAUAGCGAGUAGUCCAUUUUGUCACCAUCACUUUGGCUUCAGCUGAUACGAGCCUUAAAUCUCCAGCUAUUGAUUUGACCUCCCUAAUCAUUAAAACUUUUUGUAGUUGCAUUAAAAUACAUUCUGCAGGUAAAUGCUUUCAUGAACUGCUGUUACCUGUUACUCUGAAAGCAGUAGUUAUCUGCAGCUUUGAUCUCUGGAAUCUUCCAUUCAUACUAGUAGUGAAGUUUUUUUUUUUCCUUAAGAAAAGUGGUGGUAUAAAAAUGGCACCUUAACAGCCUCCCUCGUUUCUGUAGUCACAGUGCUGCCUGUGCUGCCUGUGCUGUCUCAGCGACAAGCUCAGCAUUACAGAGCCGGCUCGCUGCAGCUCUGCGAGAGGGAGCUGGACUCCAUCAUAGCUUAUACGUCACAUGGAAUUGCUGAGGAAGUUCUAAGUUACUCCCUUACAAAUCCACUGAAGAUCAAUUUGUACAGCUGUAAAUGAGGGCAGAACAGGGCCGAUAGGAUCUUUAUUACUAAUGACAAUUCAUGUGCUAGAAACAAUAAAUCUGACUUCAAUUCCAGUCUGAAUUUCCUGUGCUAGAAGUUAAGCAAAGGAGAUUCUUUUUUUUUAAACACUCAUCGAAUUUUAAUAAAAGGCUAUUGAAAGGUUGUUGAAAUGUAACCAGAAAACCAUAGGACAAGGUAUUUAACCUCCAAUUUCAAAGUAGAGAACUGUACAUAAAAACACCCACCCCAGCCCUCCCCAAGGAUGAGAGAGUUGGAGAACAUAAGUGGUUGUGCUUUGGAAAGGAGCCAUCAUCUCCCCCCUUGCAGAUCUUGCAGGUUUGAUGGUACGCUCACAGACCUGGAAUACACCGUAACAGCUUGCGUCUGGGCCUCCUCCAUCCAGUCAAGUAGAACUGCAGCACAGCAGAUAGGAAUGCCGAGAUCCCACUUAGUUAGUUGUGAGUGAGUAAAGGUUAGUCUCAAGUUUCUGUCCUUAAAUAAUUGACUGGCCCUAGUGUUCAUUGUAAGUUCAGCUCUAUUACAGUGCUGCUGAGCCCCUUCGAUUUUAUUCAGGAAACCACGUGUAAAAGCUCUUGCUUUCUUGUAUUUUAUGUGAUUUGCUUUCCUCUGUUACUUGUCUCUCACUUACGGUAGUGGUGCCAUCUCUGGAUCCCUAAUGUGUUUAAAGAAGUUAAUGGGUAGCCCUGUAUACAAUGUAGAUAUUAUUUUUGUAAAAUCUAGGGCUGAGUUAAUGGACAAGAGUACAUCAGGUGUUUCCCCAUUAAAUAAUUAAAGGGUGUUUCUUGUCCAUUAACCCUGACCAUUAUUUCCCUGUAUAUUAUGUUAAUGUAGCUCAUUUUGUAAUUUGUUAACUAGAUCAGGUCACGUCAGCAAUUGUUGAUGCACUGAUUGGUGGAAAUGUCCAUCAGUUACCUGAGUCACAACUCAAGCUAAACUCUACAACUAGUAGUUUAGAAUCCAUACAUAGAAAAAGGUUCUCCCUAUAAUGGGAGAAGGUGAUUUUUAUGAAUACGAAGUGUGUUAAUUUCAGUUUUGUAUGUUUAACUUUUAUUAAAUAAAGUGUUUAAAAUCUGCUGGA